AUGAGCAAUUUAGAAAAGGACGACACCUGUCAAAAUGGCGAAAAGGAAGUAACUGAACAGAAGGUAGCCGUGACGAAUGAAAAAAGCUCCAACGAAUCUAUGCAGAAGAAAAAAGUCACAAAGAAAGUCAGUUUCCUGCUUGAUGAAGAUGGGGUAGAUGCGAAAAAGGAAGACGUAACAAUGGAUAGCGGUUCUUCGGAAGUGAACAAAAAUGGGAAUUCAGCCAACACGGGAACAGACGAGGACAAGCACAGUAACGGUCAGCAGAGUGAAUCCAAAGCGAACGACUUUGUCAAAAACAGUUGGGAUAAGUGCAGCACCUGCGGUAAAGGAAACGAUGGCAAAUGCUGGGGGAAAGAAGAAGACACCCCCAAUGACAGUGCAUGCAACGAAAACGAGCACAAGCUAUUCUCCAGCGAGGACAAUCAGUAUAGGCGCUUCCAAACACAGUUCAAGUUUUUCGUAGCACAGGAGAACCAGCACAAGAUGUUCCGCACCCAAGAAAAUCAACACAAGCUGUUUUCCGCACUCGGCAAACAGAACGAAUACAAAGACAAGGAGAAAGAGCCAGUGUAUGUUAAAUUCGACAAGCGUGAAUGCGCGAAGAAUGAGCAGAACUCCGUGUUUUUGAAGGAUCAACUGAAGUGGGGCGAGACUGACGACAUGACUCCCAAUAAAAAGAAUGACCAAGGGGGGGACAAAGCGCAAUGGCAUAUUAAAACGGAGGCCAUAAUGAGGGACCAAAUGGAGCUUAAAACGGAACGCAUGGAUUUUGAAAAGUCGUACAACGAGAGUCUAAAUAAUUUCCGUGCGUCCUCGUUCGUCGACAUUCUGAACUCCAUGCAGGAGCGUGGAAAAGGGGAAAAUGGCUCUACACAUGGGCCGAUACCAAAUGGGAAUGCUCCCCAUGAUUGCCUCCUCCAAACUAACGGGAAGGACUACGAAAACGUGUACUCCGUGGAGAACCAACAAAACGAUAGCAUGCAACUGAUCGCGUGCAUCCUGUGCGGAGACAGCAUCAAGGCCAACGCGUCCAAAAUGUGCAGCAACUGCAUUUUACAAAACGUAGAAAGUAGUAGCGUCAACAUAAAUAAGGACACCUACCUGAUAUACUACUGUCGAGAGUGUAAGAGGUACCUGCACAACCGGUGGGUACAUUGCGAAUUGGAGAGCAAAGAAUUACUAGCCCUAUGCUUAAAAAAAGUGAAUAAAUUGAAAAAGCUAAAAAUAUUGGACGCAAAAUUCUUAUAUACAGAACCGCACAGCAAAAGAAUCAAAAUACACCUCACCGUACAAGAAGAAUUGAUUAAUAAUUUCAUCAGCGAGAUGGAGAUAAUUUUACAUUACGUAAUAAAAUACACCCAGUGUGAUGAUUGCAAAAAGACUUAUACUCCAUACACAUACAACACUUGUGUAUCGGUUAGGCAAAAAGUUGAACAUAAAAAAACACUCCUCUUUUUGGAAAGUUUACUAUUAAAAUAUAAUAUGAACGAAAAUAUUAUUAACAUAGUAUCCAACCCAGAUGGCUUAGACUUCCAUUUUUUGUCACGAACUGAUGCCCUCAAAUUCUGCGAUUUCAUAUUAAGCAAGACAAUGUCAAAAUGUAAAAAUUCAAAGCAUUUGAUAAACCACGAUGCGAAUAAUAACACGUAUAAUUAUUUGUACUCCUUCUCUAUUGACAUUUGUCCCAUAUGUAAAUACGAUUUGAUUUUUUUCCCGAAAGAUUUAUCCAUCAAGUAUGGAAUGAAGAGCACCUUCUACCUGUGCUUGCAUGUCUCCAUAUUCAUCAUAUUGAUUAAUCCUUUUUGUUCCUCUAACUCUGCUCAUAUAUCGCAAGAGAGGUACAACAAGCACCCCUUCCUGCCCCUCCUGAGCAAGGCAGACUCCAAGGUCUUCCUCAUACUCAACGUGGAGUACAUCGACAACGACCCGUAUUCCAAGAAUGACAGGAGAGGUGGUGCCGCCGCGGCCAAUGGCAGGUACUGUGACUCCAUUGGAGACGCUGAUCAAGAGGAUAAUGAAUCCAUGAAUGGACGCCAAAAGGGAGCGUCAAACCGGUCGAUACGAGCCAAGGAUAAAAACGUUAAUUUGAAGAGGAAAACGAAAAAUUCGGUCAGCUCAAAUACCAUGGAGGAAUUCUCGUCCGAUGACCUUUUCCAAGUCAACGAAGACAAUGGCUCAUUGGCAGACACAAGGAGUUGUAAAUCCUCCUCUAGAAAAGUAAAGUUAGACAAACUCGUUUACGCAUUUGUCGAGUUGUACGACGAAUCCGAGGGAAACACAAUACUCACCAAAACGUGUAACGCUAGACAUUUAAAACCAGGAGAUUAUGUAAAUGCAUAUGACCUAAGAAAACACACCUUUGACAAUGACAUCAGCUUACAUUUAGAGAAAGAGGACAACUACAGCAUAAUUAUUAUUGACAAAGUGAAGCCAAAGGAGAGACAAAAAAUAGAAAACGAAUUACAAGUCCAAAAUAAUAAUAUAGAGACCAUGAAGAAUAUUAAUGAAGAUGAUAUUUUUAAGUCCAUCCUUAUGAACAACUGUGCUGGUAUGGAAAACAUGACCAUCCGUUGA